AUGUCCGAUUCUGAUCAGUCACGUUCAUCAAAUAAAAAACAAAAUGAUCAAAUAAAUGAAAAAUUAUGGAACGACCUUGUAAUUGAUUUUCAUCUCGAAGCUUUUAAGUUUCCAGACAAUAAAAUUUAUGGAAUUGUUAAAGUUAUACCUGAAUCAUCUCGUAGACUUAUCAAAAAAUUUAUUUUAGUCGUUAAUAAAAGAACUAAAAUAGACUUUCAUGUUAGCUAUGAUUCUAUAGCAGCAUCAGGUUUUAAUACAAAUACAAAGGAUCCAUCAGCUUACGUCGAAGCCAUACCGCAUAAUACAAAAUGGUCACAUGAACCAAAAUUAUCUAAAAACUGUUAUUUUCAUUUUACCGGUGAAGUUUUUGCUUUGAGUCCAACGAUAAGUUUUACAUGGCCGGAUAAGGAAGAAAAUUCUAAAGCAAAUCUUAUUGUUAAAUGGUUUCAUCUUGGAGAUAAAAUUGCUUACAAAUAUAUUAUGUAUUUAGAUGAUAUACGUCAAAAACAAAUCGAAGAUGAAUUCCAUAUUUGUAUCAAAGGAUUUGAAAGUGGUAAAAGUCAUACUUUUCAAUUAGUAGCAAAAUUACUUAAUGGGAAAGAAACGUAUCGAUCUGAUCUUAUGGAAUUUACUGUUCCUAGGCAAGGUUCUUCUGAUAAUCAAGAAACUGAAUUUAUCACUGUGACAAAUGAACUACCUCCACCGAAUCUACCAAUCGUUCUUCCUACAAAAGAUGAUAAAACAUCAGAUGUUGUUGAGAAUAACAAAGAACAAAGUCGUAAACCCUCACCCGUACUGAAAGAACGAAGUCGUGAACCAACGCCUGUACAGGAAGAACAAGCUCGUAAACCAUCAUCCGUAUCGGAAGAACAAAGUCCGCAACCACCAUCCGUACUUGAAGAACCACCUAAAAGUGAUCAUGUAAUGUAUACUUGUUGUAAUGAUGCACCACACAAGGAGUUUCCUGGAAUAGAACAUUAUUUUAAAAAUAUUAGUCAUAUAAUACCGAUUUCUUCGAAGUCGUCAAUUGAUGGAAACAAACAAUUUAUAUCAUCUACAGAAAAAAACUAAUGAUGAUGAUGAUGAUAUUGUUGCGUCAUAAAAUUAAAUAUAAGUUCUAUUCGUAUAUUUUUUUCUUAACUCUAUUAAUAAAAACAAGAACAUCUAUGAUGUAAAGAUCAUUUCAAAGAACGAAAAAUAAUGAUUCAUCGAUUGUUAAUCUUCUGUAAGGUUAAGAUUAGUUUGUCUGUUAGAUUGAUAUUUUGUUAUAACGCAUUACAUAGUAAAACAUAAGUUAGAUCGAAAAUAACAAUAAUAAAAAUAAGUAUGCAAUUACAACGAAUACAAUCAACACAGAGAAUUUGAUUAAAUGAAAUACUACUAUGACGUAGAUAUAAGAUAUUUCAUUUGUAAUCGUGUAUUCUUAUUUCUGUAUUUCUUCAAAUACUUUUGUUCAAUCGGCUCAUAAAUUGUACAACAUAAAAUAUUGGAGAACGCUCGAAAUCGGUAUUUCGUAGAGUCAAAAUAUGAGUAAUAAAUAUUUAAAUAAAUGAGAGAAAACGAACUGAUCCUAUUAAUUGCCGU